AUGGUAGCGAAUGCCGGCAUCGCGCAAGUCAAGGCGCUUCUCGAUCUUACCGAACAAGAUCUCAAGCGCAUGUUCGAAGUCAACGUAUACGGCGUCUACAACUGCUACUCCACAGCCGCCAAGCAAAUGAUCUCGCAAGGCAACGGCGGCAAGAUCCUAGGCGCAGCGUCAAUCGUAGCGUUCAAGCCCUUUGCGCUUUUGUCUCACUACAGCGCCUCCAAAUGGGCGGUCCGUGGCCUUACUCAAGCUUUCGCCAUGGAAAUGGCUGAACACAAGAUCACUGUGAACGCCUAUGCGCCCGGCAUCGUCGGUACAGCCAUGUGGGAUCUCAUUGACGAGAAGCUAGGCGAGAAGACCGGAGCGAAGAAGGGCGACACGAUUAAGAAGUACACCGAUGAACUGAUUGCGCUGGGCCGAACUAGUGUACCAGAGGAUGUGAGCAGUACUGUGAGCUUCCUGUGCAGUAAGGACAGCGACUAUAUGACGGGGCAGACAAUUGUCAUUGACGGUGGUAUCAUUUUCACUUGA